UAGAGGGAGGCGCCACUGUGGAUCCCACCUCACAACUCUGGUACCCCAGCACCGUAGGAAGCUUGAAUUCCUGAAGGGACUCCUUUGGUGCCUUACAGCCCUUGUUUUUCUUUUAAUCCAUUACCCCUCGCAAGGACCAGUUUUCCAAUUACUUCAACAGGCUGAACAAUCUGAAAGUCUACCCCGAUUACAAUCCAUAAAAAUUAAAAAUGGGAGACAGAAGAACAUGCCACAAACGCUGGAGUAAGCAGCACCCCUGAGAAGAGUCUCAGUCCAGCAGAACUGCAGACUGUGACGGAAGAGAAUUCAAGGAACAGUGGAUGGUGCCAUGGACCUGAUCUUGAUCAAUUCCCUACCUCUUGUGUCUGAUGCUGAGACAUCCCUCACCUGCAUUGCCUCUGGAUGGCACCCCCAUGAGCCCAUCACCAUAGGAAGGGACUUCGAAGCCUUAAUGAACCAGCACCAAGAACCACUGGAAGUAACUCAAGAUGUGACCAGAGAAUGGGCUAAAAAGGUUGUCUGGAAGAGAGAGAAGGCCAGUAAAAUCAAUGGUGCUUACUUCUGUGAAGGGCGGGUUCGUGGAGAGGCAAUAAGGAUAAGGACCAUGAAGAUGCGCCAACAAGCUUCCUUCUUACCAGCUACUUUAACUAUGACUGUGGACAGGGGAGAUAAUGUGAACAUAUCUUUCAAAAAGGUGUUGUUUAAAGAAGAAGAUGCAGUGAUUUACAAAAAUGGUUCCUUCAUCCAUUCAGUGCCCCGGCAUGAAGUCCCUGAAGUUUUAGAAGUGCAUCUGCCUCACGCUCAGCCCCAGGAUGCUGGUGUGUAUUCGGCCAGGUACAUAGGAGGAAAUCUCUUCACCUCGGCCUUCACCAGGCUGAUAGUCCGGCGAUGUGAAGCCCAGAAGUGGGGACCUGAAUGUACCCGCGUCUGCACUGUUUGCAUGAACAAUGGUGUCUGUCAUGAAGAUACUGGAGAAUGCAUUUGCCCUCCUGGGUUUAUGGGAAGAACAUGUGAGAAGGCUUGUGAACUGCAUAGAUUCGGCAGAACUUGCAAAGAAAGGUGUGGUGGACCAGAAGGAUGCAAGUCCUACGUGUUCUGCCUUCCAGACCCCUAUGGGUGUUCUUGUGCCACAGGCUGGAAGGGCCUGCAGUGCAAUGAAGCAUGUCAGUCUGGUUAUUACGGGCCAGACUGUAAGCUUAGGUGCAGGUGCACCAAUGGGGAGGUGUGUGAUCGGUUCCAAGGAUGUCUCUGCUCUUCAGGAUGGCAAGGGCUACAGUGUGAGAAAGAAGGUGUGCAAAGGCAGACUCCAAAGAUAGAAGAUUUGCCAGAUCAUAUAGAAGUCAACAGUGGUAAAUUUAAUCCUAUCUGCAAAGCGUCUGGCAUGCCACUACCUGCUAAUGAAGAAAUGACCCUGGUGAAACCAGAUGGAACGGUGCUCCAUCCGAAAGACUUUAACCACACAGGUCAACUCUCAGUGGCCAUAUUCACCAUCCACCGGAUACUGCCCCCUGACUCAGGAAUCUGGGUCUGCAGUGUGAACACAGUGGCUGGAAUGGUGGAAAAGCCUUUCAACAUUUCAGUAAAAGUUCUUCCAAAGCCCCUGAAUGCCCCAAAUGUGAUCAACACCGGACAUAACUUUGCUGUCAUCAACAUCAGCUCUGAGCCUUACUUUGGGGAUGGACCAAUCAAAUCCAAGAAGCUUCUAUACAAACCUGUUAAACAUCACGAGGCUUGGCGGCAUAUUCAAGUGACAAAUGAGAUCGUUACGCUCAACUACUUGGAACCUCGAACAGAGUACGAGCUCUGCGUGCAGCUGGUGCGGCGUGGACAGGGCGGGGAAGGACAUCCUGGACCUGUGAGACAGUUCACAACAGCUUCUGUCGGUCUUCCUCCUCCAAGAGGUCUCAGUCUCUUACCAAAAAGUCAGACCACUCUAAAUUUGACCUGGCAACCAAUACCUCCAAACUCUUCUAAAGAGGACUUUUAUGUUGAAGUAGAGAGGAGGUCUGUGCAAAUGAAUAGUGAUCAGCAGAAUAUUAAAGUGCCAGGCAACUUGACUUCAGUGCUACUUAACAAUUUACACCCCCGGGAGCAGUAUGUAGUCCGAGCCAGAGUCAACACCAACGCCCAAGGGGAAUGGAGUGAAGAUGUCACAGCCUGGACCCUUAGUGACAUUCUCCCCCCUCAACCAGAAAACAUCAAGAUUUCCAACAUCACAGACUCCUCAGCCGUAAUCUCAUGGACAAUCUUGGAUGGCUAUUCUAUUUCUUCUGUUAUCAUCCGUUACAAGGUUCAGGGCAAGAGUGAAGACCAGCACAUCGAUGUGAAGAUCAAGAAUGCCACCAUCACCCAGUAUCAGCUUAAGGGUCUUGAGCCCGAAACAGCUUAUCAGGUGGACAUUUUUGCAGAGAACAACAUAGGGUCGAGCAACCCAACCUUUUCUCAUGAACUGACAACUCUUUCCAAAUCUCAAGCGCCUGGGGACCUUGGAGGCGGGAAGAUGCUGCUUAUAGCCAUCCUCGGCUCGGCGGGAAUGACCUGCCUGACGGUGUUGCUGGCCUUUCUGAUCAUGUUGCAAUUGAAGAGGGCCAACAUCCAAAGGAGAAUGGCCCAGGCCUUCCAAAACAGGGAAGAACCAGCUGUGCAGUUCAACUCAGGAACUCUGGCCUUGAACAGGAAGGCCAAAAACAACCCAGAUCCUACAAUUUAUCCAGUGCUUGACUGGAACGACAUCAAAUUUCAAGAUGUGAUUGGGGAGGGUAAUUUUGGCCAGGUUCUCAAGGCCCGCAUCAAGAAGGAUGGGUUACGGAUGGACGCUGCCAUUAAGAGGAUGAAAGAAUAUGCCUCCAAAGAUGAUCACAGGGACUUCGCAGGAGAACUCGAGGUUCUUUGCAAACUUGGACACCACCCAAACAUCAUCAAUCUCCUGGGAGCAUGUGAACAUCGUGGCUACUUGUACCUCGCCAUUGAGUAUGCCCCCCAUGGAAACCUCCUGGACUUCCUACGCAAGAGCCGCGUGCUGGAGACCGACCCGGCCUUUGCCAUUGCCAACAGCACAGCGUCCACACUCUCCUCCCAGCAGCUGCUGCAUUUUGCGGCAGAUGUGGCCCGGGGCAUGGACUACUUGAGUCAAAAACAGUUUAUCCAUAGGGAUCUGGCUGCCAGGAACAUUUUAGUUGGUGAAAACUAUGUAGCCAAAAUAGCAGAUUUUGGAUUGUCCCGAGGUCAAGAAGUAUAUGUGAAAAAGACAAUGGGCAGGCUCCCCGUGCGCUGGAUGGCAAUCGAGUCGCUAAACUACAGCGUGUAUACAACCAACAGUGAUGUAUGGUCCUAUGGUGUGUUACUGUGGGAGAUCGUUAGCUUAGGUGGCACCCCCUACUGUGGGAUGACGUGUGCAGAACUCUAUGAGAAGCUGCCCCAGGGGUACAGGCUGGAGAAGCCCCUAAAUUGUGAUGAUGAAGUGUACGACCUCAUGAGACAAUGCUGGCGGGAAAAGCCUUAUGAGAGACCCUCAUUUGCCCAGAUCCUGGUGUCCUUAAAUAGGAUGUUAGAAGAACGCAAGACCUACGUGAAUACCACCCUUUAUGAGAAGUUUACCUAUGCAGGAAUCGACUGCUCUGCUGAAGAAGCAGCCUAGAACAGUCCACCUUCAUCUGUAUACUCUGUUUUCCCUUCACUGGCCUGAAAGACCCUUCACGCGCUGAUGCUGAGGAAGCAGAGAGACUCUGCCAAGAGAUGUGACAUAGGAGUGUACAUAUCUGUGUGUCUGUGACCUUCACCACAACCCCCCCCCCCCCUGGUGUGGAUCUAUAGUAUCCUCUGACUCUGAUAGGGCUGUAUAUACUGUUUUGAGUAAGAAUGUGCUGAAUCAGAAUGUGUUUGUGGUUUCAUAUGUAAUAAUAUAUUUUUUUCUAAAAAUGUGGACUUCACGGGAAGGUGUGAGAAUACAAUUACUAGAAUGUGUAUCAUUAUUCUAGAUAUUUUUAUAUUUACCUUUAUAUUGAAUGUUAUACAAUGUUUUGCUGUGUAGAAGUAAAAUAUUGUUAAUAAAAUGAUCCAGACACUAUGGGUGAGAAAAGUGAAGCAAAUGUAUGAGUUCUAAGAGGAUGCAGCUUACCCUGGAGAGACUGCAGAAUCCAACUUCUGUAAAGAAAUAGCCUUCUAUCUCUAAAUUUUCUCCUCACCUGUAAAAGCCACUCCAGUUUCAAUGUAUUUACAGAAUCCACAAUACUAAAAUGUACAAGUCAACUUAAAUUUCAUUCCUUCAAAGCCUAAGAAUCUUUAAAGUAUAAAUAAGUUUAAUCCAAAAAAUUAUGGGAUUUUUCUCUGGUAACAUUGUGUGUAUUUUAAGAAAUAAAAACAGAAGUCCUAGAGUCCUAUUUAUAGACAUGAUAUUUAUCACACCAAAUACACAGCCUGCACACUGUAAAACAUUUUCGCUUUGAUUCGUUGCGAGUUUAUCAUUUAUCCUGCAGCACAUGUGGCACUGAGAUCAUACAGUAAGUAAAGAAAUGCCUUAUAUACCUACCUUUGUUCCAGGGGUGUGUCUCAGAAGUAUUUCUAAAUGCCUUUUAAGAGAAACUCAUCAAAUUAUCAAUUCCUAACUUGUCAAUAAUAUAUAUAGAACAACUAGUAAGUAUACUUUACCCCACAAGGUGUCUCAAGUUCACAAGAUGGGAAACAUCUCCGAGGAGUGUAAUGUCUGGGUCAUUUUCUUGCUCCGGGCAGGACACCCCUGCUAGCGUUCCACUGUGAACAGAGGAUCUGGAGUUAGAAUCCCUUCCAGUUGUAUUGCAGUGUUAAAUAGUUAGACAUACUGCAUAACAUUGCCUAUUCCUGCUGUCUAGUAACCUUAUGUAUUCAGAAUUUAUGACCAGGAAAUUGAAUUCAGUUAUAGCUAUUAUAGAAAAAAACUUACUACAUAAGAGCAGUUUGUUUUCCUGGAAUAGUUGUUGCAUUUCCUCUAACCUUGGUGGCAUAAAUUUAAAAAAAUUAUGUCAGUAUGAAAUUGUUUCACAUCAAAUGCAUGACUUCAAAGUCAGCACAUGGCUAAAAGUAUUUGUGGCAGCAAGAAACAGAUAUUCAAUGAUAAUUAAGAUUUACGUGUCAAUUGAAAAUACCAAGGCUACCAACCAGAGGUAUGUUUGCGGACAUAACAUCACCAACUGUCAGAAGGCAACUAAUUUAUUCUGACAGAGAUAUAUUAUUGGUUACUCUGAGUCAUUCAUACCAUUGGCAAAGAAAUGUUUGCUGUUCUGCAGCUUAUUAGCAGCAUUAAUACUGAAGAUGCAUGGCCUCUGACUCAAAGCUUAAUAGCCAAAUUAAACAAAGGCAAAUAGUUCCCCUAAGCCAAUUUCCACACUAUCAAAGAGAAAUUAAGAAAAACUAGCCCUUCAAAGGGUUUAGACAGCAGGUUGGAAAUAGAGUAGAACUUAAUAUGUUUAGGAGAUCCAUAGUAUAUAUACUACUUCAAAAAAUUGGUAAGUUAUUAUGCAUUAAAAUUGAGUAAUAGAGCAGCAGUUAGAAUCAUGCUACACAACAGCUAAAUGACCAAAUCUUUUUGUUAACUGAGUUUGCUAAAAGUUUACAUGUACUUCCAUGAUUUGUGAGGAAAAACUCUUCUAUUUAUAUAUAGGAGAUCCAGAGAAAAUUGUCAGUUUUGUGAGGUAAAGAUGUUUAGGUAUUUAGAGAGAAAAAGAAAUGUAGGUGAUGUGGGAAAUGAUCUUUGGGAAGCCUUGAACCUGUUACUUCACCUUGAAACAUCUUCCUUUGUUCUCUAGUCAGCACAAUGAGUUGAAAAUUGAAACCAACUUAAUUCUCCCCCCUCUUGCUCCAGUCACAACUUAAUAAAUCACCAUGGAAAUUUAGCCUUUAAAGUGUAAUAACCAAACCUCAACAACACAUUUUUUCUUCUCUUACCCACUUUGAAAGUGUCAAGAAAGUUCGCCAUCGUAGACCAAGCUCUGCAGCUCGCAGCGGAGGCUAGAGGAGUCGUGGACAUGGCAAUGCAGAGAGUGAAGAUGUUCCUGGGCACAGUGAUUACUUCCUUCCCCUCAGGUCUUGCUCGACCUUCCUGAAGACCAGUUCCAGGCAGACAGUUGCAUUUGCAAUUGAAUGGUGACCUUAAAUAAUACAGAAUAUAAAAUAACACAUUAGACGUAAGGCAAUCAUAUAGGUAACAUCUGUGUUACAGAUGUCCUCAAAGCCCCGAGUUUCUGUUUAUAACAAGAUUUGCAGUAACCACUUACCAAAUAUAAAAUGGCCUCUAAUGUUUGCUCAUAAAUGCUUUACAUGAAUCUAGAUUAACAAACAUCUCCCUUUUUGCAUGUAGCGGGUCCUCAGCUAUGUUGUCACUAUUUGCUGUGACUCAAUGGCAUGUUGGUCUCCACGUACCUAUGUCUGGGAAGAUGUUACAACAAAGUGGCAGGAAUCCCUAAAGGACAGAUCAAGCAAGAAACCAGAAAUACAGAAUGCUGGAAAAAGCAUACUUCUCAAAACUAAAGAAUUAGACAGAUUUCAUGGUUUUAGAAAGUAAAUGAAAUUUACCCAAGAUGUAAAGCUUUCAGAUCCAGUGAGGAUAAACAUCUGAAUUUCAAUGAAAAAUCAUACAAUCAAUACUUCUAAAAUGAUGUGUCUUUUUUUGUCUUGCUCUGAGAACACGAUAGUAUAUAAUAUUUCGAUUUUGCUUUCUAGGCUACUUUUUAUUGUUGAGUGAAAUAUUUUAUGUCCAGGGUUCAAGAUUGUUUUUCAUAGAGCACAUUAAGAAUUUUGUAAUAAAAUUUUAUAGAAUUGAUACAUGAAUUUUUGAGAUGACAUAAAAACCCUCUGCGAGACACUAUUAGUUAGUGGUUAGUAGACUGAUGGGAGAA